ACAUGUCGUUAAAGACGUAUGGAAGUGUCUUCUGGCAUCCACUUCCUGCAUCCACAUGGGACUGUCGCUGCGGCCCCCCUUGUCCCCUGCGGGUGACUCCUCGACCAUGCGACAGUGGUGCCUUCCUGCUGUGGCUCCACGCGCCGAACCGCUCCCAACGGGCCGAUUAUCACCUCAAAUCUCAGAUGCUAGGAUGGAGUGUUGUGAUGUGGAGCCACGCUAUACCAUUGAACAGAUCGACCUGCUCCAGCGUUUAAGGCUGUCAGGGAUGACCAAACCUCAGAUCAUUCAAGCCCUUGAGUCUUUAGAGAGGCUUGAUCCAGACCAUCGUACCCCAUGCUGCAACAAUCACUCGGCCCCACCCAGCGCCCCUACCUCCGCAGCCCCUGCUGCUCCCUCGUCCUCCUCUUCUUCCUUCUCCUCUCUUACCUCAGCCACCACGCAGACUCCUGUUAUGGAUGCUGCAUUAUCGCCAAGCAACAGCUACGAUGCUUCGCCCCCACCCAUGUACCCACCCAGCGGAGUUCAGAGGUCGUUUAGUUACGACUUGGCAGAAGAGGACUGGGAUCUGGAGGAGAAGGUGGAGGAAUACAUGAGGAGGGACAGCAACCUUGUGAAAGAAGAGAUAAAGGCUUUUCUCAAUAACAGAAGGAUCUCACAGGCAAUUGUUGGACAAGUCACAGGUAUUAGUCAGAGCUACAUCUCCCAGUGGCUUCUGCAGCAGGGGCUGGAGAUGAGCGACUCCAAACGCAGGGCGUUCUAUCGCUGGUACCUGCUGGAGCGCAACAGCCCAGGAAUCAGAUGGAGUGAAAACCAGCAUGCUCAGGUCCCCAGGAGCAGAACUGACACUUCCUUGAAUAGGCAGAGAGAACUGCUGAUGCACCUCCUCCCCUGGUACUCUACUCACCAGUCCCAGUCAGGUGCCACAUUGUCCAUGCGCUCUCUGGUUAAAGAGGAGCCUGACUGGAGGUUGGCUGGAAGCCCUGCAGACAGGGCAGCAGUUGGGCCUUUUAGACUGCGUAGAGGUAGUCGCUUCACCUGGAGAAAGGAGUGCCAGUCAAUCAUGGAGAGUUUCUUUAUAGAGAACCAGUAUCCUGAUGAAGCCAAAAGAGAGGAAAUUGCCAAUGCUUGUAAUGCUGUCAUUCAAAAACCUGGAUGCAAACUGUCCGAAUUUGAACGGGUCACUGCGCUCAAAGUGUACAACUGGUUUGCCAAUCGGAGGAAGGAGAUGAAGAGACGUGCAAACAUAGAGGCUGCUAUACUAGAGAGCCAUGGGAUAGAGGUACCCAGCCCCAGCUGCCACUCCAACAGCGAAGAGGUCGAGACUCAGGAGUUUGGAGAUCAAGUCAUGAGUCAGCGGUUCUCUGAGCAGGAGGAGCUGUCUCAGAGGAAAGACAUCGAGCCAGAAGGUGCCAUGCUACCUCCUGUGGAAGUGGUGUCUCCUUUAAGCCCCACCUCUCAACUCGUGGAGCGGAAGCUGGAUGAAUCGAAAAGGGAGGCUACUGAUGAUGAUUAACCAAUGAACCGAGUCGUAUUUUUGUUCCAAAGUGGCUUCGUGUCGUUUUUCUCAGCCAAGCCUGACACUCUAAAUUCUCUGGUGCCUCUAGUGGUAGGGAGGCCACUCUUAUGUAUCUACAGUAAUCACGCUUGUAGUAACGGCAAUAUUUACUCUAUACAGUAUAUUGUGCAUUCCAAGACAGUCUUAAUGCUUCCUGCAAGAGGGAAAGAUGCGUAUGGUGCAAACUAGUAACUUUCUCAUCACGCUAAAGCUGUUUGCUUUCAUUUCUCAGUGUUCUCAUAUACAACCGUUCCACCUGUUAUCUCAAGCGAGCAGUCUAGAGAAACCUGCAGGACAGGUGUUUAAUUUGAAACAACGGGGGCACUGAACCCAGUUUGAAGUCUGUGUGAAUUUUAAGAGCUUAACAGUC